CCCCUGUCCUCUGCCCUGUCAGCAGUGACCCCUGUCCUCUGCCCUGCCAGUAGUGACCCCUGUCCUCUGCCCCGCCAGCAGAGACCCCUGUCCUCUGCCCCGCCAGCAGUGAUCCCUGUCCUCUGUCCCGCCAGCAGUGACCCCUGUCCUCUGCCCUGCCAGCACAGUGACCCCUUUCCUCUGCCCCGCCAGCAGUGACCCCUGUCCUCUGCCCCGCCAGCAGUGACCCCUGUGCUCUGCCCCACCAGCAGUGACCCCUGUCCUCUGCCCUGCCAGCAGUGACCCCUGUCCUCUGCCCCACCAGCAGUGACCCCUGUCCUCUGCCCACCCAGCAGUGACCCUUGUCCUCUGCCCUGCCAGCAGUGACCCCUAUCCUCUGCCCC